UGGCCUGGCCGCCGCAUGUUCUCUCACUCUCCUGCUGUGCUGUGCUGUGCUGUGUUGUCUAUAAAUACCGCCUCCCUUCGUCCCUUUCUUCCCUCCCUCCUUCCCUUCUCAUUCACUCUCUUCUGCAAAAACGGAUACACAAUCAACCCUACUACAUUCGUCUUCCUCCACCACCGCCGCCAGAAGUAAUAAUUGGAUUUGGGUCGUCGCUGGGCUGCCCCGCUCACUGCUCCUUUCCUCGUGCUGGGCAGUAGGGAUUUCCUCCCAAUCCCCGGCCGCUCACCUCACAGUCACACACACACAGAUAUAUUCCCCGACUGACCAAGACUAAGCAUACACCACCGGCACGCUCCCCUCCCUAUCAUAUAUGGAUGCUUAUUCUUUGCAACUGGCCUUGGCCGCCCUCUUUGGGGCCUCCUUUGUCGCCGUCUCUGCUUACUUUAUGCACAGGAAAACCCUAAACCAGCUCCUUGAAUUCGCCAAGGCCAUCGAGAGGGACCGCGAUGAUGCAGCCCCUGCCGAGGAAUCCGCCGACGCGCUCGAUCACCUUAAGCAUUACCCUAAUCGCAGGCGAACCCGGGGAAACAACGCCGCCUACUACCGUCGCGGUUCGGCAUCUUUACCCGACGUCACCACUUUCUCCGCCGGCGGGGAGCUCGACGAAAGGAGUAACGGGUCUGUAAAUCUCGAUGCCAUUCCGGCUGGUUUGCCUAGACUUCACACCCUCCUCGAAGGAAAAUCGAGCAAUUUGAGCUCAUCAGUCAGAUCAGGACAUCUUAUUCGGCCAACCUCGCCUAAAUCGCCUGUUGCUAGUGCAAGUGCAUUUGAAAGUGUAGAAGGUUCAGAUGAGGAAGAUAAUAUUACCGAAACCACCAAGCUGGACAAUACUUAUCUUUGCACAAAUGGAGAUGCAAAUGGACCAGAUCAUGUCACUGCAACAGGAGAACCAAUAGCCAUGACUGCAACAAAUAUGAUUCGCUCUCACAGUGUGUCUGGUGACCUGCAUGGUGUUCAACCUGAUCCUGUCGCUGCUGAUAUUUUGAGGAAAGAGCCUGAGCAAGAGACAUUUGUACGACUGAAUAUUUCCCCCAGAGAAAUACCGUCUCCAGAUGAAGUGGAGGUAUAUCUCACACUACAAGGUUGCCUAGAAAUGAGGAAACGUUACAUUUUUCGCGAGGCUGUUACUCCUUGGGAGAAAGAAAUCAUAUCUGAUCCGAGCACUCCAAAGCCCAUACAGAACCCAUUUGAUCAUAUUCCAGAGGGGAAGUCUAAUCACUAUUUUCGAAUGGAAGAUGGAGUUGUUCAUGUUUAUGAAAACAGAGAUUCAACAGAGAAACUUUUUCCUGUUGCUGAUGCAACUGCCUUUUUCACCGAUCUGCAUCAUAUCCUUAAGGUUAUAGCAGCUGGAAAUAUCCGAACUCUGUGCCAUCACAGGCUUGUUCUUUUAGAACAGAAAUUCAACCUACAUCUGAUGCUUAAUGCGGACAGGGAGUUCCUGGCACAGAAAAGUGCACCACAUCGAGAUUUUUAUAACGUUAGAAAAGUUGACACCCAUGUUCACCAUUCUGCUUGCAUGAACCAGAAACAUCUAUUAAGAUUUAUAAAAUCAAAGUUGAGGAAGGAACCGGAUGAGGUUGUCAUAUUCCGAGAUGGAACAUAUUUGACAUUGAAAGAGGUGUUUGAAAGCUUGGAUUUAACUGGGUAUGAUCUAAAUGUGGACCUAUUGGAUGUUCAUGCUGACAAAAGCACCUUCCAUCGCUUUGACAAAUUUAAUUUAAAGUAUAAUCCCUGUGGUCAGAGUAGACUGAGAGAGAUCUUUCUGAAGCAGGAUAAUCUCAUACAGGGUCGCUUCCUUGCUGAAUUGACCAAGCAAGUUUUUUCGGAUUUAGCUGCAAGUAAAUAUCAAAUGGCUGAAUAUCGAAUAUCAAUAUACGGCAGGAAAAUGAGCGAAUGGGACCAGCUGGCAAGUUGGAUAGUAAACAAUGACCUAUAUAGUGAGAAUGUUGUCUGGCUGAUCCAGCUUCCAAGACUUUACAAUGUGUACAAGGAAAUGGGAAUUGUGACCUCGUUUCAGAACAUCCUUGACAACAUCUUUUUGCCACUGUUUGAGGUUACUGUUGAUCCUGAUUCACAUCCACAGUUGCAUGUGUUCCUAAAGCAGGUUGUUGGACUAGACCUUGUUGAUGACGAGAGUAAGCCUGAAAGACGACCUACGAAACACAUGCCUACACCUUCUCAGUGGACCAAUAUUUUCAAUCCUGCAUUUUCAUACUAUGCAUACUAUUGCUAUGCCAACCUCUACACUCUUAAUAAGCUCCGCGAGUCAAAGGGCAUGACAACUAUUAAGUUCCGGCCCCAUUCAGGCGAGGCUGGUGACAUAGACCAUCUGGCGGCAACAUUUCUCACAUCUCAUAACAUUGCUCAUGGAAUCAAUCUUAGAAAAUCUCCUGUUCUUCAGUAUCUAUACUACCUAGCUCAGAUUGGUCUGGCCAUGUCUCCCCUGAGCAACAACUCAUUGUUCUUGGACUACCAUCGCAAUCCGUUUCCUAUGUUUUUCCUUCGUGGUCUCAAUGUUUCGCUUUCAACUGAUGAUCCGUUACAAAUUCACUUGACCAAAGAGCCCCUUGUGGAGGAAUACAGCAUUGCUGCUUCAGUGUGGAAGCUAAGUGCAUGUGAUCUAUGCGAGAUUGCUCGCAACUCAGUGUAUCAGUCUGGUUUUUCUCAUGCACUAAAGUCUCACUGGAUUGGUAAGGAAUACUUCAGACAUGGACCAGAUGGAAAUGACAUUCACAAGACAAAUGUGCCUCAUAUAAGGCUUGAAUUUCGUGAUAUGAUAUGGAAAGAGGAAAUGCAGCAGGUGUACUUGGGAAAGGCAAACUUUCCAAAGUUCAUUGACCCUUGAUGACAUGGCUGGCUGGCUGGCUGGCUAAUAUCCAGUCUGCGCACUGGCAUGCCCUGAGAGGAACUACUAAUGCUACUUGGGAGGAGGGAGGAGGGGCCAAUUUUGGGACUGGAUAUGGAGAGUGGUGAACGAGCUUGGCUUUGGUGAUGUUUUGGUUGUUGUCGGGGAAUUUUGAAUCGAAGAUAAGCAGGAACCAACACUUACCUGUGGUCAGUGUAUACUAGGGCGGUGAAAUGAAGACAUACAUAUAUAUAUAUAUAUAUUUAUGUACAAGUGCAUAUAAAUAAAACGGCCUUACUGUCAUGGAAUUAGCACAAAUUUGUCUGUCAUAUGCAUCGAAGAAGAUAUUAUUUAUUCCGUUA